CUAGUCUUUUGGUGAAGACGCCAUUUUGUUUCGUCGUGUUGCUCAACGCUUGAUUGUGAAGUUGUUAUUUAUAAUAUUUAUAUAUUAUUUUAUUUUGAGUUAAAUCAUUGUAAAAGACAUUUCAAAAUGAUGACUUCAUUCCAACAGCAACGAUUGAUGAUGAAUCAAACACCUAAAGCACCUCCACCGCCUCAGAGUAUUUCUGCGCCGCCUCCAUUACUACCUCCACCUGGUUUACCUCCCUCAUCUUUACCUCCUCCACCUCCAAUGCUUCCUCCAGGCCUCCCAAUGGUAAUACCUCCACCACCAAUGCCUCCUAUGCCCCCUAUGCCCAUUAACUCGAUGGAAACAAUCCCUGCCGAACCGGAACCCAUGUUGGAUGAAGAGCUAGAACCAAAAACCGAUGAGUUCGGGAUGAUGGACGAACCUCCUGUACCUGGAACUGAAGAAGUAGAAAUGCAAAUUGAUCCAACAAGACUUUAUGAAGGAUACGAUUAUAUCUUUGAUUUAACACAAACCGACGAAGUUAUUACAGGUCCCGGAGCCCGAAGCAGUACCAUUGCAGGAAUUCUAGGAGGUGCCCUGCCAAAAUUAUCAUCAGACGAUUCAGAUGCUGUCAAUAAAGCAAAAAAAUAUGCAAUGGAGCAAAGUAUUCGAAUGGUUCUAAUGAAACAGACCAUUGCCUACCAACAGCAGCAAGAGGCUAGUCAGAGGAAUCUUAUCCAGAGGCAGCAGGCUCUCGCUCUCAUGUGCAGGGUUUACGUUGGAAGCAUAAGUUUUGAACUGAAAGAAGAUACGAUUCGGCAAGCUUUUUUGCCGUUUGGUCCAAUAAAAUCGAUCAAUAUGUCAUGGGAUCCCGUUACACAAAAACAUAAAGGUUUUGCCUUUGUGGAAUAUGAAAUUCCAGAAGCGGCCCAAUUGGCUUUAGAGCAAAUGAACGGAGUUAUGAUUGGUGGUAGGAAUAUCAAAGUAGUCGGUAGGCCCAGUAACAUGCCCCAAGCGCAGAAUGUGAUAGAUGAAAUUCAAGAGGAAGCUAAACAGUACAACAGGAUUUAUGUUGCUUCAAUUCAUCCAGAUCUUGUUGAAGCUGAUAUACAAAGUGUAUUUGAAGCAUUUGGUCCCAUCAUAUAUUGUAAAUUAGCCCAGGGAAGUUCGGGACACAAACACAAAGGUUAUGGAUUUAUUGAGUAUGAAACAGCUCAAGCAGCUAAUGAAGCCAUUGCCAGUAUGAAUCUAUUUGAUUUGGGUGGCCAGUAUCUUAGGGUGGGCAGAGCUAUUACUCCUCCUAAUGCCCUUCUAGGACCAUCUUCUGGAUCCAGUGUGUUACCUACAGCAGCAGCAGUUGCUGCUGCAGCUGCAACUGCUAAGAUUCAAGCGAUGGACGCAGUCGCUAGUAAUGCUGCUGCAUUAGGAUUACCCAAUUUAACAAAAUCCCCUACGCUACCAGCUGCAUCUUCAGUAGUAAUGCCGGGCAUUACCCAACCCAUUGUAACGUUGCCUACAGUGGUUUCUACAACACCAGGGAUUGUACCUGCUAUCAUUCCUCCACCUGGAAUAGCUAUACCACAAAUGGCACAAAAUAAUACUAUCCAGCCUGCAAUAGUAACACCACAAGUGAUAGUACCUCCUCCUACUGUAGUAACACCUGCUUUAUUAAAUAUGCGGGAGAUUGAACUACCUCACACAACUUCAGCAGAAACAAUGAAAAAAGUACAAGAAGCUCAACUGAAGCAACAAGAACAACUGCAAAAGAAAUUACUAGACCAAAGUGAGCCACAGACUUUGCAGCAGCAAGAAAGUAUGUCAAUAAAAGGACAAAAUGCAAGGCAUUUUGUCAUGCAGAAACUAAUGAGAAAGGUUGAUACCCGGGUGGUAAUUUUAAGAAAUAUGGUUGGACCUGAAGAUGUAGAUGAAAUGUUACAAGAGGAAAUUCAAGAAGAAUGUACCAAAUUUGGAAUUGUAGAGAGAGUGAUUAUUUAUAAUGAGAAACAAACAGAGGAAGAUGAUGAUUCUGAUGUGAUAGUUAAAAUUUUUGUAGAAUUUGCAGAAACAUAUGGUGCUGAACGAGCAAAAGAUGCAUUAAAUGGCAGAUAUUUUGGUGGAAGAUUAGUGCAAGCGUCCCUUUAUGACCAGACAUUAUUUGAUCACAGUGAUUUUUCAGGUUAAAUCAAGUUUAGGAUAUUUUAAGUGCAAAGUGAUUUUAAAAAUGUAAUUUUUUUAACUAUUAAUUGAGACUUAGGAAAAAUAGUUUCUAUUCAGUUUCCAAACGAAUGUAAGUGCUUCUUUGACACUCUUUAAUUAAUUAAUUUAUUG